AUGUUGAUUCCAACCACAGAAUCAGUCUGCCUCCAGCACACAUGGCGGGUUUUCACUCUUGCAGACCCGACUCAGCUCUCGACUCAUUGCAACAGCCGAAGAAGUCUCUGUGGUUCUCUUGCUUUCAUAUUUUCUGACAUGUGCAGCUUGGCCAUUAUUGUCCUUGUCUAUGAUUUUCCAGUCAUUUGUGUCUUUCAGAAGCUAGAAGCUAGGUGCAAGAAGCUAGAAGCUAGGUGCAAGAAGCUAGAAGCUAGGUGCAAGAAGCUAGAAGCUAGGUGCAAGAAGCUAGAAGCUAGGUGCAAGAAGCUAGAAGCUAGGUGCAAGAAGCUAGAAGCUAGGUGCAAGAAGCUAGAAGCUAGGUGCAAGAAGCUAGAAGCUAGGUGCAAGAAGCUAGAAGCUAGGUGCAAGAAGCAAGAAGCUAGGUGCAAGAAGCAAGAAGCUAGGUGCAAGAAGCAAGAAGCUAGGUGCAAGAAGCAAGAAGCUAGGUGCAAGAAGCAAGAAGCUAGGUGCAAGAAGCAAGAAGCUAGGUGCAAGAAGCAAGAAGCUAGGUGCAAGAAGCAAGAAGCUAGGUGCAAGAAGCAAGAAGCUAGGUGCAAGAAGCAAGAAGCUAGGUGCAAGAAGCAAGAAGCUAGGUGCAAGAAGCAAGAAGCUAGGUGCAAGAAGCAAGAAGCUAGGUGCAAGAAGCAAGAAGCUAGGUGCAAGAAGCAAGAAGCUAGGUGCAAGAAGCAAGAAGCUAGGUGCAAGAAGCUAGGUGCAAGAAGCAAGAAGCUAGGUGCAAGAAGCAAGAAGCUAGGUGCAAGAAGCAAGAAGCUAGGUGCAAGAAGCAAGAAGCUAGGUGCAAGAAGCAAGAAGCUAGGUGCAAGAAGCAAGAAGCUAGGUGCAAGAAGCAAGAAGCUAGGUGCAAGAAGCAAGAAGCUAGGUGCAAGAAGCAAGAAGCUAGGUGCAAGAAGCAAGAAGCUAGGUACAAGAAGCAAGAAGCUAGGUACAAGAAGCUAG